GGCUGGGUGGGCCGGAGGCUUACUCCGGUCUCUUCUUCUCCACGCGGUGGACGAAAUCGGUCGGUCUACGCAGUCUGUGCUGAGUGAUGCCGGGUAAACUCCGUAGUGACGCGGAUUUGGAAUCUGAUACGGCCAUGGGAAAAAUGGAGAUACCUCGGAAGCAAAAUGAGAAGAAAGGUAGAAAAAAGAAGGCAAAAUCUGAAGAGGCAGCAGAAGAAAAAGAAGUUGUUUCCCCCAAAGCCAAAAAAGUUAAGAAUGCAGGGCCUUCUGAAGUUGACAUGAAUACUCCUAAAUCCAAAAAGGCAAAAAAGAAAGGGGAGCCACUUCAAGACGACAUUAUUUCUCCUGAAACCAAAAGUGUAAAAAAGCCAAAGGAGCCCACUGAAAAGAAAGGUGUUGCUUCUAAAACCAAAAAAGCAAAAAAAAAUGAGCCUUCUGAAGAAGAAAUAGGUGCGCCUAAACCCAAGAAGAUGAAGAAACAAAAGGAAGUGAAUGGAGAAAUUGGAGAGAAAAGCCCCAAACUGAAGAAAGAAAAGGAAAUGAAUGGAGAUAUGGGAGAGAAAAGCCCCAAACUGAAGAAUGGGAUCUUUCAUUCUGGACCUGACUCCAACUCCAAGGAAGCUGCCAGUGAAGAAAGUAACAGUGAGUUAGAGCAGGAAAUAACUGUGGAACAAAAAGAAGGAGCUUUCUCUAAUUUUCCCAUAUCUGAAGAAACUAUUAAACUUCUCAAAGCCCGUGGAGUGACCUUCCUGUUUCCUAUACAAGCAAAGACAUUUCACCAUGUCUAUAGUGGAAAGGAUUUAAUUGCGCAGGCGCGGACAGGAACUGGGAAGACAUUCUCCUUUGCCAUUCCUUUGAUUGAAAAACUUCUGGGAGAAAUGCAAGACCGGAAGAGAGGCCGUGCCCCUCAGGUACUGGUUCUUGCGCCCACAAGGGAGUUGGCAAAUCAAGUAAGCAGAGACUUCAGUGACAUCACAAAAAAGUUGGCAGUGGCUUGUUUUUAUGGUGGAACUCCCUAUGGAGGUCAAAUUGAACGCAUGCGGAAUGGGAUUGACAUCCUGGUUGGGACACCAGGUCGUAUCAAAGACCAUCUGCAGAAUGGCAAGCUAGAUCUCACCAAACUGAAGCAUGUGGUCCUGGAUGAAGUUGACCAGAUGUUGGAUAUGGGCUUUGCUGAUCAAGUGGAAGAGAUUUUAUGUGUGGCAUACAAGAAAGAUUCAGAAGAUAAUCCCCAAACGUUGCUUUUUUCUGCAACUUGCCCUCAUUGGGUUUUUAAUGUCGCUAAGAAAUACAUGAAAUCUACAUAUGAACAGGUGGACCUAAUUGGGAAAAAGACUCAGAAAACGGCAAUAACUGUGGAGCAUCUGGCUAUCAAGUGCCACUGGACUCAAAGAGCAGCAGUUAUUGGGGAUGUGAUCCGAGUGUACAGUGGUUUUCAAGGGCGCACUAUCAUCUUCUGUGAAACCAAGAAAGAAGCCCAGGAGCUGUCUCAGAAUGCGUCCAUGAAGCAGGAUGCCCAGUCUUUACAUGGCGACAUUCCACAGAAGCAAAGGGAAAUCACCCUGAAAGGCUUUAGAAACGGUGAUUUUGGAGUUUUGGUGGCAACCAAUGUUGCUGCACGUGGGUUAGACAUCCCUGAGGUUGACCUGGUUAUACAGAGUUCUCCUCCAAAGGAUGUGGAGUCCUACAUUCAUCGUUCAGGGCGAACGGGUAGAGCUGGAAGGACAGGGGUUUGCAUCUGUUUUUACCAGCACAAGGAAGAGUAUCAGUUAUCACAAGUGGAGCAAAGGGCGGGAAUUAAAUUUAAACGAAUAGGUGUUCCUUCUGCAACAGAGAUAAUAAAAGCUUCCAGCAAAGAUGCCAUCAGGCUUUUGGACUCUGUGCCUCCCACUGCCAUUAGUCACUUUAAGCAGACAGCUGAGAAACUGAUAGAGGAGAAGGGGGCCGUGGAAGCCCUGGCAGCAGCACUGGCACAUAUUUCAGGUGCCACAUCAGUAGACCAGCGCUCCUUGAUCAACUCAAGUGCGGGCUUUGUGACCAUAAUCUUGCAGUGUUCAAUUGAAAUGCCAAACAUUAGUUAUGCUUGGAAAGAACUUAAGGAGCAACUGGGUGAGGAUAUCGAUUCCAAAGUGAAGGGAAUGGUCUUUCUCAAAGGAAAGCAGGUAAGGAAGGCCGGGGCCUCUACUGUGACCUUCAUCUCUCAACAGGAAAAAUGGCAUGAUUCACGGCGCUGGCAGCUCUCUGUGGCCACGGAGCAACCAGAGCUGGAAGGACCACCGGAAGGAUACCGAAAUUUCAGAGGACAGCGGGAUGGCAAUCGAGGUUUUAGGGGACAACGGGGAGGAAACAGAAACUUCAGGGGACAGCGGGAAGGAAACAGAAACUUCAGGGGACAGCGAUCAGCGGGUGGCGACAGAAGUAACAACAGAUUCCAAAACAAAGGCCAGAAGCGGAGUUUUAAUAAAGCAUUUGGUCAGUAAUUUGAAGUAGAGGAUUUAUGUGGCAAAACAGAACUGUGUUGGGCAACAUGGAACUGAACAUUUUUUUCAUACAAAGUUAAAAGUACAUUGUGUUUCCUUCCUGACCAUUUGCCCAGGCCCUAUCUCUUCCAGAGAAACAAGCUACACCUAAAUUAUUUCAUCUGAUGAUUGUCAUUUAUAACUUGAUAGCUACUUCUAUGUCAGGUCUUCCUUUUAAAAAGGUGUAUGAAUUCAUUAUAUUUUAUUGUAAUGCAUUUGCUAUAGAUCAUAAGGAAAAUUCAAGCAUGUGUCUGUCUAUACUCUUUAAGUUGACCUGUCUUUAUAAUUAAAAGUGUCUUUUAAUAGUGUUCUUAAAUACCUGUGAGGAAUACAGCAGUUUCCGGAGAUGCACUUUGAGAAGUCAGGGGUGGUUCUGUAAUUGGCAUUUCUCAACCACCUGCCUGCCUAAUAAUUACUCCUGUGGUCCUAUUCUAUAACACGUUUUCUGAGGAUUAAUACUGAGUGAUGUUUUGAAGCAAGAUUUCAAACGUAGCUGGGAUGUAGUAAAGUUUAUGCCAGCAUAUAUUCUAGAUCUGGAGGGUGGUGGUACAUUUGAUAGGGGAUGUGUAGAUUAGCCAUCAUUAUGUGUGUUUUGAUACAUUUUUAGGCUCUCAGUUGAAGGUGAUGCAUGCUUCAGUGAAUUCACAGAUUUUAUGUAUCUAUGUAUGUAUAUAUAACAGUAUUUUAAUAGAAAGCAAGUAUUUUUAAGUAAUUAUAAAAUGUAUAAGAUGGCCCCAUAACUUUCUUCAUAAAGAAGGAGUCUGGAUAAAUGGGGCUUGAUGAUAAUGUACUCCACUUCCUAUUGGAAGAUUAACAUUAUUUACCAAGAAGGAAUUAAGGGAGGAAGUCAGGGGCAAAGAUUUUUUUUUUUUUAUUGCUGAGUUAAAAAAACUCAAAUGAAAAUAUUUUUUACAUGUGAGCAGGAAACAUUGAUGUCUGUUGAGAGCAAAGAGAACAAGUGAAGAUACAUAAUAAAGUUUUCUUUUAAUGGUGGAAACUUAAAUGAGUGUUUCUGGAGGUUAAUUUCUAAUGGGCAAACAGGGGUUUUUAGGUAGAAUGAUCCAAUUUAGUUACCCAAAGGCCUAGUUCCUAUAGCUACAAUAUAGUAAUCUGUUUUCAUUAGACUGCUACUCCAUUGAAAGGUUUUAGCUCCCUAGAGACUUUUUUUUUUUUUAA